CCUCGCUCUGUCCCUCUCGCUCCCGACACCCACUCUCUGCGCACCCCACACCGCCAGCCAUGGCCCUCUCACAGGCCCUCUCCGCGCUGCUUGUCGGCUCAGUGCCGGCUGCAGCCGACGGACCGCCCGCACUGCUGCCCGACGAGCUGCUCGCGGCACUCAGCGGCCUCUCCCACGAGUCCGCGUCUGCGAGCGCCGCUGUCGAUGACGAUGAUGAUGCGGAUGACAAUGAUCCGCGCGCUACUGCCGGACUCUGGGACGAGAUGCUCGACGCUGCAUGCGUCAUCACCGACGCCGAGCCGGCGCAGAAUGGCGCGAGACAGUCCCCCUGUGCCGCUCUGGACAGCCUGAACCAACAUCUGGAGCGCGCGUAUCCCGACGAGUCGCUGCGCACGUCGAUGCUCACGGCGCUCGCAGAUGUGCUGGCGGCGGGCCGUGGAGACGACGAGGUCAGCGCACAGCUGGCCGAGACGCUGGGCUGGGACCAGCUCGAGCUGGUGGAGCAGGUCAUGGGCGAGCGCCAAAAGGUGCUGGAUGGGCUGCGACGGCCACAGGAUGACGCCCAAGACGUUGCAGCGGUCGACCACUACCAGCAGUCGUCCUUUGCGGCACCAGCUGUCGAAGAGCGCCACGCAGCCCCAUCAGGCGCCUACGUGCCUCGCGCACAGAUGACGUUCCAGACUGCCGAGGACGUGGCCGAGCAGAAGCGGCAGCGUGCCGAGGCUCGCCGCGCUGCUCGUCACCGCAACGCGACCGGACAACACGCAGAGGAUGCGCCUCUGUCGCUCGCUGAGAUGGAGCGCAUGCGCGAAGCAGAGCUUGCAGCGGCGGCAUCUCGGCCGCUGUUCACCUCCAACCCGACGGGCGCUCGCUCGGAGCCGCAGUACCCGCACGUCUACUCGUCUGGAGCACAAGGCAACAUCCUCUCAGCGAUGGGCCAGAAGUUCGCCUUGCCGGCCGGUACGACGCGGGAGCAGGCCGAGUUUUGGGAGGAGGUGACGAUCCCACCGCCGAAGCAGCUGCCCUUCCGCUCUGCAGAGCGCCUGAUCCCGAUCAAUGAGCUGCCGCCAAUGUUCCGCUCGGCCUUUCCCGGCUACGCCAGCUUGAAUCGGCUGCAGUCGGCCGUGUUCCCUCUAGGCUUCCAGACCAACGAGAAUCUGCUCAUCUGUGCACCGACGGGCGCCGGCAAGACCGACGUGGCCAUGCUCACGGUCUUGCGCUGCAUCAGCCUGUACGCUGCCGAAGCACAGGCACGGCAAGAGGCCGGGCCAGGCGCAGCGCGCGGCGUGGGCCAGUACGGCAUCCGCAUGAACGAGUUCAAGAUCAUCUACGUCGCGCCGAUGAAGGCCCUCGCUGCGGAGAUCGUACGCAAGUUCGGCAAACGCCUCGCCUACCUUGGCAUCAAGGUCCGCGAGCUCACGGGUGACAUGCAGCUCACGAGGCAGGAGAUCGCCGAGACGCAGAUGAUCGUGACGACGCCCGAGAAGUGGGACGUCGUCACGCGCAAGCCGACCGGCGAGGGCGAACUGGCCUCAAAAGUAAAGCUGUUGAUCAUCGACGAGGUGCACCUGCUCCAUGAAGACCGAGGAGCUGUCAUCGAGACGAUUGUGGCCCGCACGCUGCGCUUGGUCGAGUCGAGUCAAUCGCUCAUCCGCAUUGUCGGCCUCUCGGCCACGCUGCCCAACUACGUCGACGUCGCCGACUUCCUGCGGGUCAAUCGCAUGCAGGGCCUCUUCUACUUCGACUCCUCGUUCCGCCCGGUGCCGCUCGAGCAGCACUUCAUUGGCGUCAAGGGCAAGGCAGGCAGUCCGACGUCGCGCGGCAACCUCGACAAGGCCGUGUUCAACAAGGUCGAGCAGCUGCUGGCGCAGGGGCACCAGCUGAUGAUCUUCGUGCACGCACGCAAAGAAACGGUCAAGACGGCCAUGACGAUGCGCGACAUGUGCCGCGACGAGGGCAUUGCCGAGCUCCUCAUGGCCGGACGCGAGGGCAACGUCAAGCUCGACGGCAUCAAGCGCGACCUGCUUACCAGCAGGAACAAGGAGCUCAAGGAGCUCUUCGAGUCGGGCCUCGGCAUCCACCACGCCGGCAUGCUGCGUUCUGACCGCAACUUGAGCGAGCGCGCCUUCGAGAGCGGUCUGACACGCAUCCUCUGCUGUACCUCGACGCUCGCGUGGGGUGUCAACUUGCCCGCCUACGCUGUGCUCAUCAAGGGCACCGAGGUGUACGACUCGAGCGUCGGCAAGUUCGUCGACCUCUCCAUCCUCGACGUGCUGCAGAUCUUCGGACGCGCUGGACGACCGCAGUACGAGGACCUCGGCGUGGGCUACAUCUGCACGAAUCAGGACAAGCUGACGCACUACAUCGACGCGAUCACGUCGCAGCACCCUAUCGAAUCGAAGUUCAUCACCGGCCUCGUCGACUCGCUCAACGCUGAGGUGGCGCUGGGCACGGUCAACAGCCUCGAUGACGGACAGACGUGGCUCUCGUACACGUACAUGUUCACGCGCAUGAAGCGCAACCCGCUCGGCUACGGCAUGGCCCACACCGAGGUGGCCGACGACCCGCACCUCGGCGCCAAGCGGCUGCAGCUCAUCCAGUCUGCGGCCCGCCGCCUCGUUGCGUGCAAGAUGCUCGAGCUUGACGAGGCCAAGGGACGCCUGACCAUCACUGAUCUCGGCCGCGUGGCGGCCAAGUACUACAUCCCGAACCGCACCGUCGAGAUCUUCAACGAGAAGCUGCGCCCGCACAUGAGCGAGGCCGACGUGCUGUCCGUCCUGUCGCUCGCCACGGACUUUGAGCAGAUCAUUCCGCGCGAGACCGAGGAGAAGGAGCUCAAGAAGAUGCAGGAGAAUGCGCCCUGCGAGGUUCCAGGCGGCUUCGGCCACUCGCCCGGCAAGGUCAACGUGCUGCUGCAGGCGUACAUCUCCAAGGUCUACAUCGAGGACUUUGCGCUCGUGUCCGACUCGGCCUAUGUGGCGCAGAACGCCGGUCGCAUCAUCCGUGCUCUGCUGGAGGUGGCUCUGAGCCGCAAGUGGGCGCCGGUCACCGCCGCGCUCAUGUCGAUGAGCAAGGCCGUCGAGCGGCGCAUGUGGCCCUUUGAGCAUCCGCUCUCGGUUGAGCAGAGCAAGCUCUCGCCCGACACCGUCUACAACAUCACGCGCUGGGCCGACGACGUCGACGUCGCCACGUUCGCGUCGAUGUCUGCUGCAGACAUCGGCACGCUCAUCCACCUCAACGAGCGGCAGGGCGGCUUUGUGCGGCAAGCAGCGCGCCACUUUCCCGUCAUCAGUGCAGAGUACGCGCUGCGUCCGCUCACGCACGACCUGCUGCGCAUCGUCGUGGACGUGUCGCGCGACUUCGAAUGGAGCGAGCGCCUGCAUGGCGGCGCCGAGCCGUUCCUCGUCUGGGUCGAGGAAGAGACUGGCGUGAAGAUCCUCCAGUCGCACCGGCUGCUGCUGCGACCUCAAGCAGCAAAGACGAGCGUCUCGUUCGUCGUGUCGGUACCGCAGCCGCUGCCGGCUGGCAUGACUGUGCGCUGGAUCUCCGACCGCUGGCUUGGCGCCGAGGACCAGCUGUGGAUGCCGUUCGAUGAGCUGGUCAUGCCAAGCGCGCCCCCGGCUCACCUUGCGCUGGCAGACGUACCGCUGCUGCAGGUCGGCCCCGCACUGGGCACGCACGUGGUCGAGUCGAUCUACUCGCACCGCUUCAAGGCCUUCAACGCAGUGCAAACGCAGGUCUUCCACACCAUGCUGCACUCCCGCGCCGAUGCGCUGCUCUGCGCACCGAGCGCUUCCGGCAAGUCGACGAUGUCGGAGAUGGCCAUCUGGCGUGCGCUGCGUGAAGACCGCCUCGCCUGCGUCCUGGUGCUGCAUCCGCUUCGGACUCUCUCGCUCGCGCACGCAGACGCCUUCCGCAGCCGCUUCGCCGACCUGGCAGGGCUCGCGGUACGCCCGGCGCGCUGGCCACGGGACCUUGCGCCGCCGUCGCCUCCGAAGCCGACAGUCGUCUAUGCGACACCAGCGUGCGUGCUGCGGGCCCUGUCCGAAGAGGGCCACAGCGUGCUUGAGCAUUUCAAUCUCGUCGUCGUCGAGGACGUGCACCUGCUCGAUGCGCCGCUCGAGCUGCUGCUGUCCAAGAUGCGGAGAGUGAUCUCGCGCGAGCACACGCGACUGGUCGUCACUUCGGCCAGCCUAGCGGACGCCAGCGGGCUGCAAGAGUGGCUGGACAUCAAGCCUGCGGCCACGUUCUCCUUCCACCCGUCGGACUCGCCGUCGCCACUACGCAUCAGCUUCCAGUCCUUCGACCUGCCGCAUUCGGUCACGCUGCUCAAGGCCAUGGCCAAACCAGCGUACGACCGCAUGAAGGCCGCUGUGGCCUCGGGCCCGGCGAUGGUCUUUGUGCCUUCGCGAGCGCAGUGUCUCGGCACCGCUACAGACCUGUCGACGCGGUCCGCGACGGACAUGGAGACCGAGUCGUUCCUGCGCGUCGACGUGCGCGACCUUGAGCCGCUGUUCGACGCACUCAGCGACCGCGCGCUUGUGGACCCGCUGCUCCACGGCAUUGGCGUCUGGCACGAGGGCAUGUCGCCUCGCGAUCAGGCACUCAUGCUCGAUCUCUACGACCAAGGUGCAAUUCGCGCCCUGGUCGUCUCUCGCGAUGCGUGCUGGACGCUCCCGGCGCGUGCCCAUCUAGUCGUAGUCAUGGCGACGCAAUACGUGCGCCUAAUGCCAUCAAAGGCGGAGGCGCUCGGCACUGGACGCAAGAUCGAAGGACUGGCCGACCGUCGCCUGACCGACUACUCGCUGCCAGAGUUGGUGCGCAUGAGCAGCUUUGCCGUGCGCCCGGGCGCGGCGACGCCUGGCGAGUGCGUCGUCAUGUGCCAGGGCGACCAGGUGGCCUACCUGCAGCGCAUGCUCUCAUCGGGCCUGCCGCUCGAGUCGUCGCUGCACGAGGAUCGUGCUGCAAGCCUGCUGGCUCCGCUGCUGCUCGAAGUGGCCGCCGGACGCGUCACCACGCCAGCGGCGCUCGUCGACAUGCUGUCGUGGACAUUCCUCGCGCAUCAGGCGCAGCACAACCCGUCGUACUACGACUGUGGCGCAUACAUCGUAGCGAGCCUGUCCGACAUUGCGGACGCGCUCUUCGACGAGCUCGAGGCGAUGCGCUGCGUCGUCCGCGCAGGCGGCGCUUACAGCGCUACCUCGCUCGGUCAGUCACUCGCGCGCGAUCCCUUUGCCUUCACGGAUCUCGUCUCGCUGCACCGCGCCGCAUCAUCGGAUGCGAUCUUGGCCGGCCAGAUCGCCACGAGCAUCAAGCACGGAUCCGAGCCUGCAGCGGACGAGGCCGGCGCUGCCGCUGAGACGGCUGUGCUCGAUGCCACGCGGGCCUCGAUCCCUGGCGAGUGGCUCGCAGCUGCCAACGUGCCCCGUCUGCCGCGCCGCGGAGCAGCAGCAGCCGAUGCGCCAGUCGCCAACGGAGACGGGACCGCAGCUCCAACCGAAGCUGCUCUGACACCGGCGCAGCGCCGGGCGCUGCUGCUCGUGGCGUACUUUGCCUGCCGCCCAGUCGGUGGUGCCAAGACGGACGCGGCACAUCGUGGCGCACGAGAGCGGCUGCAAGACGAACAGGCGGCGCUGGUGCGGGCGCUCCUACGUACCCAGCACAAGAGAGUCAACGGGCGUGGCAAGGGCAAGUGAGCGGGAUGCUGAGACGCACGGAGCUACCUGUCUUCGCGCAGCCUGUGCCGCGCCGCAAUGCAACACCGUGCUCAGACGGCUUGACACAUCUCCUCUGAGCCAGCCAGGACACGACCGAGCUGGGUAUUC